AACCCAGAAUACACGCGGCCGCUUCCCAUCCCCAACCCUAGCCGCCAGGAGCUGAGGAACUAGGAGGCAGUCCGGGAUGCGGCGAUCGGCGAUGGCGCUCCGCUCCACGGCGGACCGGUGCUUCGGUCACCACUCACCGUUGACGAAUGUUAUUCAAUCAACUUUCAAUGCAAACAUUAGUUCAAGAUGGGGAAGUCUUGCAAGAGCUUUCAGUGCAAAACCACUUGGAAAUGAGGUUAUUGGGAUUGAUUUGGGAACAACGAAUUCAUGUGUUUCUGUUAUGGAGGGAAAGAAUGCAAAAGUGAUAGAGAAUUCAGAAGGCACUAGGACGACACCAUCAGUUGUUGCCUUCAGUCAGAAGGGAGAGCGGCUUGUUGGAACUCCAGCUAAACGUCAAGCAAUUACCAAUCCACAGAACACCUUCUUUGGUACAAAGCGUAUGAUAGGGCGGCGCUUUGAUGACCCACAGACGCAGAAAGAGAUGAAAAUGGUACCAUAUAAAAUUGUCAAGGCUCCAAAUGGUGAUGCUUGGGUUGAAACAACAGAUGGCAAGCAGUACUCACCGAGUCAGAUUGGUGCAUUUGUAUUAACCAAGAUGAAGGAGACUGCUGAAUCUUACCUUGGUAAGACUAUUUCGAAGGCUGUGAUCACAGUUCCAGCAUACUUCAAUGAUGCCCAGCGGCAGGCAACCAAGGACGCUGGUCGAAUUGCUGGACUUGAUGUCCAAAGGAUUAUCAAUGAACCUACUGCUGCUGCUCUGUCUUAUGGAACAAACAACAAGGAGGGUUUGAUAGCUGUAUUUGACCUUGGAGGUGGUACUUUUGAUGUCUCCAUCCUUGAGAUCUCCAAUGGAGUUUUUGAGGUGAAAGCAACAAAUGGUGAUACUUUUCUGGGUGGAGAAGACUUUGAUAAUACUCUAUUGGAGUACCUAGUCAGUGAAUACAAAAGAUCUGAUAAUAUUGAUCUGUCCAAAGACAGACUAGCUCUGCAAAGGUUGCGUGAAGCAGCUGAGAAGGCAAAAAUUGAACUCUCAUCAACUGCACAGACUGAGAUUAACCUUCCUUUUAUCACGGCUGAUGCUGCUGGAGCAAAACAUUUGAAUAUAACAUUGACAAGAUCAAAGUUUGAAAGUUUGGUGAGUGGUCUCAUUGCAAGGACUAGAGACCCAUGCAAGAAUUGUUUGAAGGAUGCUGGCAUAACCACAAAGGAAGUUGAUGAGGUUCUUCUUGUUGGUGGCAUGACAAGGGUUCCCAAAGUGCAGGAAGUGGUUUCAGAAAUCUUCGGCAAGGCCCCUAGCAAAGGAGUCAACCCAGAUGAAGCUGUUGCCAUGGGUGCUGCUCUUCAGGGUGGCAUUCUCCGUGGAGAUGUCAAGGAGCUUCUUCUCCUUGACGUAACCCCUCUUUCACUUGGUAUUGAGACUCUUGGUGGUAUCUUUACCAGACUGAUAACCAGGAACACUACCAUCCCCACAAAGAAAAGCCAGGUGUUCUCAACUGCUGCUGACAACCAGACGCAAGUGGGUAUCCGUGUCCUGCAAGGUGAGCGUGAGAUGGCGACAGACAACAAACUUCUUGGCGAGUUUGAUCUUGUCGGCAUCCCACCAGCGCCAAGAGGACUGCCACAGAUUGAGGUCACAUUUGAUAUCGAUGCCAAUGGAAUCGUGACGGUCUCUGCAAAGGACAAGGCCACCGCAAAGGAGCAGCAGAUCACCAUCCGAUCAUCCGGUGGGCUUUCUGAGUCUGAGAUCGAGAAGAUGGUGCACGAGGCUGAGUUGCACUCGCAGAAGGACCAGGAGCGCAAGGCCCUCAUUGACAUCAGAAACACCGCAGACACCACCAUUUACAGCAUCGAGAAGAGCCUGGGAGAGUACAGGGACAAGAUCCCUGCGGAGGUUGCCACCGAGAUCGAGACGGCGGUUGCUGAUCUCCGUGCGGAGAUGGCCUCUGACGACAUCGAGAAGAUAAAGAGCAAGAUGGAAGCGGCCAACAAGGCGGUCUCAAAGAUCGGGCAACACAUGUCUGGUGGUGGUGCUGCCGGAGGCGGCGCGGCUGGUGGUUCCCAGGAAGGAGGUUCGCAGGAAGGAGGGUCGCAGGGUGGAGGUGACCAGGCCCCAGAGGCCGAGUAUGAGGAGGUGAAGAAGUGAAGAAGCUGCCCCAGCCCAGCCCCACCUUCUUCUAAAUACAGUUAUUAGCUAGUUUUGAGGAACACUAGGGAUCUUGUUGGCUGUAAUAAAAUUUUGCUCCACUGAGGCAUGUGAAACAUGCUAAAUGCUCUUAGCGCGCGCACGGUACUGCCGUAUUGUAUGACUUGGUUGAACUAGGGUUCUUCGCUUUGAGUUACGUUGAUCUUGUGGUUCUCUUGU